AUGGUAAAAAACGAGUUACAAAUCGACUUUUCAAAAGAUUCAACAAAUAAUUGGCCACAAAAUAAACUUAAAAGAGGGAUGAACCUGGGAAGAAAGGUCGAUCCGCGGAACUGCGCUUCGUUGGUUGGAUUUAACGGCGAAAGCAAACGAUUUCGAGAAAAUUUUCUGAUGAAUGAAUUCCAGCCGAUUCUCAAAUGGAUUAAAACAAAGGACGCAAAGUUAGCGUUAGGAUUGGCUCCUCUGGAGGUCCACAUCGACCCGCCGUCCACUUCAAGUGUGGCUCCAGUAAUGAAUGAGGCCUUAUCUGACGCCAAGAAUGCGAUGGCUUCGGCUACUUCUUCUGGAUCUCCUGUCUAUACCAAAUCCGGCGUCAAAUAUCAAUCAUUAAAGGGAUACUCACUUCACAGCAUUCACGCGAACCCCUUUCACACCUAA